AUGUGCCAGGGUGGCACAGAUGUUGGUCAAUAUUUGGUGGCCGAUAAGCGAGUUAAUCUUGUCUCCUUUGCUGGCAGUUGUAACACUGUUCGCCAAGUGGGUGUCGCUGUGCAGGAGCGUUUUAGCAAAUCCAUCCUAGAACUGGGCGGCAACAAUGCCCUCUUGAUCGAUGAAUCGGCAAAUCUGAAAAUGGCCCUAGAUGCGGCACUCUUUGGCUGCAUUGGCACUAGUGGACAACGAUGCACCACUAUGCGUAGAAUUAUUGUCCAUGAGAAGCUAUACGAUCAGUUUGUGGAUGCGCUGGUUGUGAAAUAUCAGCAACUGGUAUCAAGAAUUGGACACGAAUUGGAAUUGAAUACCCUAGUGGGUCCCGUGCACGCCCAGCAAAAUGUGGAAAACUUUAAGACCGCCAUCCAGGAUGCCAUCAAAGAGGGCGGCUCUCUGGCCUUCGGUGGCAAGGGUGAACAACUAAAGGGUUUCUUAUUUUCAAGAGUUAUCUUCAUUUCACAUUUAAAAUCUGGAUUCUCUGGUCUUCAGUUUGACAAACUUACAUCGAGUUCUAAAAUCAACACUUUCACCGAUGUUGUAUACAAGUUCUUCGUUUGCAUUGUCUAA